AUGGCUCUCAACAAACCAUGGGGUCCUGACGGGGAGCGAGGGAUCGUGGUUGUGGUCUCGUCUGUAGCUGCAUAUGAAGGCCAAGUCGGUCAACUUGCCUACAGCGCAAGUAAAGGUGCUGUCCGCAGCAUCGUCCUUCCACUGGCCCGCGAACUGGGCCAAAAGGCCGGGAUUCGGGUGAUGGGGAUUGCGCCUGGUGUCUUUCAAACCGGGAUGACCAUGCAGCCGAAAAAGAAACCGCAACCAGAAGGAGCCAAAAAGGAGGGAGCUGAAAAAUCGAAAGGGGGUACCGGAGCACGAGCGGGCAUGAAUACGGAAAUGAUCCAGUAUCCAAUGCGCAUGGGUCAGGGGCAUGAAUUCGCGCGGCUGGUCCAAGAGAUUGUGGAGAAUCCAAUGCUGAAUGGGUUUGUCAUUCGACUCGACGGCGCAGUGAGGAUGCCCAGCCGACUGUAA